CUUUGAUGCAGCAUCCAAAUCAAAAGAUCCAGAAGCUGCUGCAAAUAGAGCCACAUAUGCAAUGAACAACAAUAAGCAGUCAGCCAUGCAUCGAUCCAGCUUAUUUAGCAGCAUCAGAGCCAGUUUAAUCGGUGUGCGAAGUGACAAAUUCCGUGUUGGUGCUGUAGAUGCACCUCCAGUUCCAAAGAUCCCAGCAACUCCACUAACUCCCAAAUUGCCUCCUAUCCCAAUAUCUGCGCCGCAGAUUCCUAAUGGUCGAGAUUCAAUUUUCGCACCGGCUGCCGCUAACAUGGUCAGCAAUGGCACAAUUACCAGAAAUGGAAAAAAUAGCGAUUCAAUCAUAAACGUUAACUCGAAUACAGACGGUAACAAUGGCGCAUCAGCAGAGAUGUGUGUACGUGCAUGCGACGACUACGAUAGAGUCAUGGAAGACGAAAUUGAGCUUCGAGUCGAUGAUAUUAUUGUUGUUUUACAAGAGUUUGAUGACGGUUGGGCAUUUGGCCGCAACGUCUCUACAUCUGCCGAAGGUGUCUUUCCUCUCUCUGUUACACAACCUUAUCUCUCAGGACAAUCCCAAAGACAAAGCUAUAAUUCUCGAGCAAGUGCAUUGACGGCACGGACACGAUCUUUACUUCCUCGCUAGUCAUUUGCUCUUUACCUCUAAUACCUUGUAUAUAGUACCUCUAAGUGGACUACCCGACUGCAUUUAUUUUACCAACCGAAAUUAUGAAAGUAAUCCUCAAAUGAAACAAUCUUAUUGCUAU